CGCCUACUAAGAACAAGCAAUACAGUACGCAGUACCUCCAAACACUUCCUGUUUCAAGUCUUUCACGUUCGCCUUCUUUGAAGUUUUAAAACUUCCGACAAAUGAUUUUCUGUUUAAUGUCUUAAUCAACAGCUUUGUGAAGACGAUUGACCUGCGUGAAUAAUACUUUAAACUAUCCGACAACUUCGUUAGUUGACGACGUUUUUUGAAGCUGAAGCAAAGUGAACGGAAAUGAGUUUCCUAUUUGGUAGCCGGUCUUCAAAGACAUUCAAGCCAAAGAAGAACAUUCCAGAGGGGUCUCACCAGUAUGAGCUCUUGAAGCAUGCUGAAGCCACACUGGGAAGUGGCAACCUCCGAGCAGCUGUUAUGUUACCAGAGGGAGAGGACCUGAAUGAGUGGAUAGCUGUGAAUACUGUGGACUUCUUCAACCAGAUCAACAUGCUCUAUGGCACGAUUACAGAAUUCUGCACUGAGACCAGCUGCUCUGUUAUGUCUGCAGGGCCCAGGUAUGAAUAUCACUGGGCUGAUGGCACCAAUAUAAAGAAGCCAAUCAAAUGCUCAGCUCCCAAAUACAUUGACUACUUGAUGACCUGGGUUCAGGACCAGCUGGAUGAUGAAACCCUCUUCCCUUCCAAAAUAGGUGUGCCUUUCCCGAAAAACUUCAUGUCUGUGGCUAAGACCAUUCUGAAGCGCCUGUUCAGAGUCUAUGCGCACAUUUAUCACCAGCACUUUGAUUCUGUAAUGCAACUGCAGGAAGAGGCUCAUCUCAAUACUUCCUUCAAGCAUUUCAUCUUCUUUGUGCAGGAAUUCAACCUGAUUGACCGCAGAGAGCUGGCUCCUCUCCAAGACCUUAUUGAGAAGCUGGGCACCAAGGACAGAUAAAGAUAUACUUACCAUGGAAUCAUGUCAGUGCUUCCAGGCACUCUAGAAUUGUUUCUUUUGUUUUUUGUUUUUUUUUUAUAUCUACUUUUUUACAUUACAUUUAACAUUCUUUAAAAGCUAAGUGAAAGGAUUUAAUGUAAUAUUCAGUACAUUUUAGAAAUAGUGUUUCUUCCUAGUCUUCAAAGUUUCUUCUAAUGUCAAAAAAAAGUUUAUAGAACAUUUAGAAAAAUGGCAGACAUAUUUUGGUUAUAUAAAUCCCAUAAACCUAUUUUUUCACAUGUAAUUACAAAAUGUACUCACUGUAUUGACUGUGGAUUGCACACAUUUAUGUCUGUCCUAUGCCUUAAGAUAAUCUUACCAUUUUUUGAUUCUCCUUUCAGUGCUAUUUGGUCUGCAUAAAAUAUACAAAAAGUGGACCAAGUGUGGAAGAAAUUUAAUAAACUCUUGUCAGUGUUUUCAUUUAAAGUAAUGAAACUGCAGUCAGCAUUUUUGUAUUAAAAUCUUUUACCACUUUUAUAUUAAAAUGUAAUAAUUUUAUACAAUGAAGGUAAUUUUCUAUUGUUUUUGCAUUUGUUUUUACAUGUACUUGAUCAAAAAAAUUAUUUUGUAUGGCUGUAUCAUUACUGUGAGUGUAGAUUAUUACCAGGUUUUAAAAGAUUGAGUCAAACAAUUUCAUUUCAUUCUGUGGUAUGUCAAUUUUAUUGCUGUGUCAUUUAGAAUGUAAUCCUAAAUUUGUAUAAAUAUAGUUGACAUUUAGCUCUGGAAGUCUAGAAUCUGCUUUUUACUUAUUUGAAGUGCAAAUAUGCACACAUUUUAGAGUUGAUCUCAGCUUUGAAUGUCUAAUAGUAUAAUAUCUUCUAGUUUGUGCAGACAUACUUUGACAGGCAUAGCUUUUCCUUGUUCUUUGACAAAACCAAAAUAUUGUAUAUUCAUGUAACAAUUUAAUUUGGGAUUAGUUUGGUUACUUUAGAUUUCCUCAGCAUGAAAUGUUGAUGGUGUUUAAUUGUUUUGACUGCAUGAAUUGUUUAACUGCUUCAUUAUAAAGUCUACAGUAUGAAUCUCUUCCAUAGUGCCAGGAAGUGCACUGCUUGUAUCAGUAGUAAAUUUGUAUUUACUGAAGUAUUGCCUAUUUUAGGACUGUGAAUGACUAUUUUAAACUUUACAGUUAUGUCUUUAUUUGCGUCAAUGUCACACUUGACUGUAAAACCUAUCAGAGCUGAAGUUUUCUAAGUGUCCUGUUUGAGCAGUAUUAUUACCAUGGCAUACACUGUCUAAAUGUAUGAUGCAUAUUCAGUGAACAUAAAAAUUAGAAUAUGAUCUCUAAAA